GUGAUAAAUGCCACGGCCAAAGAGCCAAUGACGUCGACAGUACAUUAGCUACUGUUUAUACAGUACAGUACAGCCUUCAUAAAGCCCCAUUGACCUAUUGAAGAAAAUAUGGCGAAUCUACCACCUCCUGGUGACCCAUACUUUAGUGGCGCGUCCAUGGGCUAUCCCUCAAUGAUGGGGCAAGGAAACAAGAGUGGUCCUCCGAUGAUGGCAGGAUCAAACCCAUACGGUCCGUCAGGCCCACCUCCUGUCGGCUUGUCUGCUGGCUCGUUAGGAUCGCAACCCUCAGGGGUUGCCCCAAUGUAUCCGAGCUCCACUGGGGGAAUGCAUCACUCGUCCGCCCCUCCAAAGUUGAAUAAUCUUAACACCACUCAACUACAACAACUCAGUGCACAGAUCAAGGCGUACAAGCUCCUCUCUCGAAACGUUCCUCCACCGGAAGCCCUAUUGAGUAUCGUCAGUGGACGCAGACCGACCCAAGCUAUGUUAGCAGCCGGUAAAAUCAACCGUCCUCCCAUGUCCCCUCAACAACAACAACAACAGCGUUCCAUGAUGGGGUCAGUACCAAGCCCAGGCAGUAUAUCGGCAACAGACGGCUCUGGGGGGCAGCCUGCAAAUAUUAACCUGUACCCCCCUUCACCGAGUGCUCGAAGCCAAACAGAAUCCCCGAAACCCCUAUCACAACCAUCCAACCCCCAUUCUCAAUUAACACAAAGCCACUCCAACACUGGACCUGUGCCUAACGUGACCAUCUCGUCAAGUGGCGAACUACCCUUACCGGUUAGACAAGCUCUCGCAGCGCAGUCGUCCUCUCAAACACCCAGUAAGGACUCCAAUACAACCACAGAGGCUGUAGUGAAAAGUGAGCCAGGUGCUAAACAGAAAAGCCAGGUGAAGCAGGUGAAGGUGGCCCCCUCUGGAGCACCUCAGGGCCUAGACCCAGGCACCAUGAUCAAGGAGAGGGAGAACAGGAUCCAUUCUCGAGUGGCCCAUCGUAUCAACGAACUGGAGCACCUUCCCGGCUCAAUCCCGGGCAACCUUCGUACCAACGCCAUGAUCGAGUUACGUGCUCUCCGUCUACUCGACUUCCAGAAGCAGCUACGUUCGGAGAUCAUUCAGUGUGCUCGUCGGUCCACCACCCUUGAGACGGCACUGAACCUAAAGGCGUAUAAGAGACCCAAGAGGCAGAGCAUGAGAGAGGCACGUAUCACAGAGAAGCUGGAGAAGCAGCAGAAGCUAGAGCAAGAGAGGAGGAAGAGACAGAAACAUCAGGAGUACCUAAACAGCAUUAUGCAGCAUGCCCGAGACUUCAAGGAGUUCCACCGCAGCAACCAGUCCAAGAUCUCCCGACUCAGUAAGGCUGUCCUCAAUUACCAUGCCACCAUCGAGAGGGAGCAAAGAAAGAAACAAGAUCUGCUAGAGAAAGAGAGAAUCAGGAGGCUCAUGGCCGAGGACGAGGAGGGCUAUCGUAAGCUGAUUGAUCAGCAGAAGGACAAGCGCCUGAUCUACCUCCUGGAGCAGACAGAUGAGUACAUUGGCAGUCUGACUGAGAUGGUCAAGCAGCACAAGGAGCAACUCAUGAAACUCAAGAAACGGAGGAAGAGCUCCAAGAAAAGACGUGUCACUGAAGGCGAGGCUGAUGACGACGAUGCAGAUAAGAGAGUGAGUGUGAUUGAAACGUCGACUGGGAACAAGCUCACUGGGGAGGAGGCUCCCAUGAAGAAAGAUCUGGAGCAAUGGCUGCAGGAGCAUCCUGGGCACGAAGCUCUGGACAGUGACGAGGGAUCGGACAGUGGUGAACCAGAGGACGAGGUGAUCGAGGCAGACAAGGUCACGGAAGUGGACCCUGACGACCCCAAGGCUCUCUUAAAGGCAGCUGCCGUCGACGACGAGUACGGAAAGGGCAAAGCAGGCUCUGAGGCAACCUAUUACUCCAUUGCUCACACACUGAGGGAGCCUGUCUACGAGCAACCAAAGAUGAUCGCUUUUGGGCAGCUUAAGGAGUACCAGGUGAAAGGUCUUGAGUGGCUGGUCUCGCUAUACAAUAACAACUUGAACGGUAUCCUGGCUGAUGAGAUGGGGCUGGGCAAGACCAUUCAGACCAUUGCCCUGGUAACCUACCUCAUGGAGAGGAAGGGAAACAAUGGCCCCUUCCUCAUCAUUGUGCCUCUCUCCACAUUGUCCAACUGGGUGAUGGAGUUCGACCGCUGGGCCCCGACAGUCAUCAAGAUAUCGUACAAGGGCUCUCCAGCGGUGAGACGAGGACUGGGCAGCCAGAUACGCCAGGGGAGGUUUAAUGUGUUGCUCACAACCUACGAGUACGUCAUAAGGGACAAAGCCACUCUCGCCAAGGUUCGCUGGAAGUACAUGAUAAUUGAUGAGGGUCACCGAAUGAAGAACCAUCAUUGCAAGCUGACGCAGGUCCUCAACCAGUAUUACAUCGCACCCCAGCGUCUCCUGCUCACGGGUACCCCCCUCCAAAACAACCUCCCUGAAAUGUGGGCUCUGCUGAAUUUCCUCCUCCCAACCAUCUUCAAGUGUGUGACCACCUUCGAGCAAUGGUUUAAUGCUCCCUUUGCACUCACUGGAGAGAGGAUGGAACUGAACGAAGAGGAGACCAUUCUCAUCAUCCGUCGUUUGCACAAAGUGAUUCGUCCGUUUCUCCUGAGACGGCUUAAGAAGGAGGUGGAGUCUCAGCUGCCAGACAAAGUGGAGUAUGUCAUUAAGUGUGACAUGUCGGCUCUACAGAGACAGAUGUACGGUCACAUGCAGAAAAAGGGCAUAUUGCUUACGGAUGGGUCAGAGAGGGACAAGAAGGGUCGUGGUGGAUCUAGGGCCCUGAUGAACACCAUCAUCCAGCUGAGGAAGAUCUGCAAUCAUCCCUUCAUCUUCACUGAAAUAGAGGAGUCUUACUGUGAGCACAUCGGACUACCCACCUCCUUCGCCACAGGAAUUGAGUUAAUUCGUGGGUCAGGGAAGUUUGAGGUGCUGGAUCGCAUGCUGAUCAAGUUCAAGGCCAUGGGCCAUCGGAUACUCAUCUUCUGUCAGAUGACCACCCUCAUGACCAUCAUGGAAGAGUUCUUCUGCUGGAGAGGUUACAAGUACCUCCGUCUAGACGGUUCCACCAAGGCAGACGACAGAGAGGAGCAACUGAAACAAUUCAACGCUCCAGGCUCCCCCUACUUUGUGUUCAUCCUCAGUACGAGGGCGGGUGGGCUGGGUCUCAACCUGCAGGCUGCCGACACUGUUAUCAUCUUUGACUCGGAUUGGAACCCUCAUCAAGACAUCCAAGCUCAGGACCGGGCUCAUCGUAUCGGACAGACUCGUGAGGUGAGAGUACUGCGUCUGUGUACUGUCAACAGUGUGGAGGAGAAGAUAUUGGCAGCUGCCAGGUACAAGCUAAACAUGGAUGAGAAGGUCAUCCAGGCUGGCAUGUUCAACCAACAGUCAACAGGCAGUGAGCGUCGGGCUUUCCUGGAGACCAUCUUAGAGGCAGAGGCAGUACAGGAGGAAGAGGAAGAGGAAGUACCUGAUGACGAGUCCCUUAACCUCAUGAUCGCCAGGAACGAGGAAGAACUGGAGCUCUUUAAUAAGAUAGACAGGGAGCGAGACGAACAAGAGAGGCAGGACCCAAGGUUCAAAGGGCGACUGAUUACAGUGCAGGAGCUACCUGGAUGGUUGAUCAAGGAUGAGGAUGAGGUGGAGCAGAUGACGUUUGAAGAAAAUGAAGAGCGUAUGUUUGGUCGUGGGGCCCGACGUCUUAAGAAGGAGGUGGACUACUCCGAGGCUCUCACUGAGAGGGAGUGGCUUAAAGCCGUUGAGGACGGAACCCUUGAUGAGAAGGAGGAAAGAAAGAAAAAAAGGAAGAAGAGAAAGACAGAUCCUAUUUAUGGAGAGGAUGACGGUAUAAAGACUCCGCGUAAGAAGAAGGCUCGGUCUGGCCAAGCCCCCAACUCUCCUAAACUGACUAGGAUGAUGAUUAAACUAUGGGAGAUGAUCGUUGAGCACAAGGAUGCCAACGGUCGUGAGGUCAGUGGAAUCUUCAUGGUUCUACCCACACGGAAGGAGCUUCCCAACUACUACCAGCUUAUCAAGAAACCCAUUGACCUGAAGAAAAUCAAGGAGCGUAUUAUCAAGCACAAGUACCGGAGUCUGGCAGACAUGGAAGAGGACAUUAUGCUACUUUGCUCCAACGCUCGUACCUACAAUGAAGAGGGAUCAAUCAUAUAUAGCGACUCAAUUGAGCUGGAGAACGGAUUCCUACUGGCAAGGUCAGAGCUUGAGGCCAUUUCCAUGGAGAUGGAAGAAGGGGAGGGUGCAGAUGACCCCGGCGAGGACGGAUCAACAGUAGUAGAGGUCGACUACAUGUCGGACAAUUCAGACAUGUCGACUCCAGUCUCCACCCCACGCUCUACUCCCAAACUAAAGGGAUCGGGAAGAUCUGACAAAGGGUCAAAGAGAAAGCGUAAGCCUGGAAGACCCAGGAGAGCUGUGCUGUUGGACUCAGACAAUGAAGAUGAUUUUUCCACCCCCACGGAGUUUCCCGGCUCCCCUUCCUCCUCGUACACAUCCUCUCAAGUGCCCUCACCAGCCUCCCUUUCUUCAAGGAAAGGGACAGUCAGACCAUAGAAUACAACUUACAUUGUCAUAGAUACUGAGAUAUAAUUAUAUAUAUAGGACUUGUUAGAAAUCAUUUGAUUCAUCAUGCUUUGUAUCAUAAUAACUUGAAAAUUGUUUGUUGCUCUUCUUGA